UGCUUUACUCAUUGCCACGUGACCGGACGCUUCUUCUGUGUGCCGUGUUCUUCUGCUCGGCUGUCCUUGACCGCUCGAAUUAAAGGCAAAAAUGGUGGCGUACUGGAGGCAGGCUGGUCUCAGCUACAUCCGUUACUCGCAGAUAUGUGCGCAGGUUGUACGCGCAGCCCUCAAGCCUCAGAUCAGAGUGGAAGCAGAAAGAGCGGCUGGAGCGAAUGUGAAGGUCACCAAGGCCAAGACUAGUGGCUGAGCCCAGAAUUACUUGGUUCUCUGUUGGAUGAUAUUUUCCUUACUUCAUUUCUGCUUUCAUACCAGUCCACCGUAACUGUAUUAAUAUAAUUACAUUAAAAAUUCCAAACCCCUA